UCCUCGCGGCCUCUCUGAGAACAGAGUUGUACUUCGAUAGUUUGGGUUGAAUAUCCUCGUCAGGGUCUAUGCUUGCAAUGUCAUGAAUUAUAUAUUUCUGAUAAUGAUUGUGCAUUAGUGUGCAGAAUUAUUCAUUUGAGGAUUUCUUUGCUUCCUCGGGAAGCUUGCGUUAUGCCGCUCAGAAGGCAAAUUUAUGUGCAACGGCGUCGAUCAGUCAUUGAUAUGACUACUCAAAGUAGGUCUAUCAAUGCAGCUGCUGAAGUUCUCAAGUGUUAUCGUUAAGUUUUGCUACUAACGUUCACGUUGCUCUGUCUUACUUCAAAGAAAAUUUUAGAUUUUGAAUUUCGGCUUUGAUUUGACAAUUUUCUUGUAUUGAUAUGCUAAGUCAAUUUGUGGAUAACCAGCAAGAUGAUGAAGUGAAUUAUAACGCUUAUUUGAUUGCCUCUGUGGUUGAGAGACGAAAAAUCAAGCACUGCAUCCACCAUGUCUACUAAGGGCCUUCUUUCAAUGAAGUGUUCUUAGCCUUUUCUUUUCUUCUCCUUUAUGUGAUCUACGGUGUUCUUUUCAAUAAGUGCAAUGCAUUCAGUUCAUCGAUGAUACCACCUACUCUGCGUUAAAAGCAAUUACUCUUCGUUCUUAUUCCUGUAAACAAAGUUAGUUUGUGAUAAUUCGGAAUGCAGGGUCUAAUUGUUUGUUCUUGGGCAGGACAAGAGGACUGUCCCUUCGGCGUCUGCAGUCUCAGUGCAGAGAGUUGCGUUCACAUCCGAUGUCUUCGGCUUUUUGUUUAGUUUAGUUUAGUUUUUUUGGUUGUAUGCUUAUAACCUCUUAUUGACUUUCUCGAGAGCUGUUAGUUCCAGUUUCAGGACAUAUCAUUUAAAGCAGCCAACAUAUCCUGCCAUUGCUGCUAACAAUCAGGCCAUCUUUGGUUCUGUUGGAGCUCUUGUUUUCAAGUGAUGGCGUGUAUUCAAGGCAUGCCAAAGUACUGAAUCCUGCUUUUGGAAGACCUUGUACGAGGAUGUGCUGUAGAGAAGGAUGUUUGAUUUCGGCGGAGUUAUGUGUACCACGUUCCAUCAUUCAUUCGAGACAUCCAUAAGAAUUGGAUAAGUGGUAUAGGUUGCGUCAUUUCUCUACUUGUGAAUGAGACGGCGUUAAGGUCCUCUUUUACGCGUAUGAACCUCGUCACUUCCCUUGGAGGUUUGGUAGUGUUUUUAUUCGUAGUGUCAUCAGUAUUGGUGCAUCUUUCUUACAUUGGUUGCUGUAAGCCGUGGCCAUAGUCAUGGUUAUGGCUUCCAGUUCUGUUCUGCGAGCCCCAAUUGGUUCUAUUCUUGAUACAGGCAGGAUAUCUAGUGUUAAAGAUUUUGCAUCUCCGCCAAGUGGAGGCUAUGUGCAAGUGAUUUCGGAAAAUUCUCUAGUUAAUUCUUUGAAGGUAGGAUUGUCUUGUUUGGCUCUUAGUGAGAAAGCCGUUCUAAAGGGUGUAAGAUGGAAAGGAAGAAUGCCGGCGAGGUGGAAUGGUGUACACCAAUCAAAGCGUCUUGUUGCGCACGCACGAGCGCUGGGCUCAAGUGGAAUUGGCCAAAAGCCAUACACUGGGGUCAUGAUAGUACCUACGGGAACUGGCGCAACCAUAGGAGGGUUUGCAGGAGAUUCUUUGCCAGUAGCUCGAGCAAUGUCUUCUGUCGUCGAUUGCCUCAUCACUCAUCCCAAUGUUCUGAAUGGAGCUAUGCUGCACUGGCCGAUGGCAAGCACACUAUAUGUAGAAGGAUAUGCACUUGAUCGCUUUGCAGAAGGAUAUUGGGGUCUCCAACCUGUCCAUCAGAAUAGAGUUGGAUUAAUCUUGGAUAUGGGUAUAGAGGAAGAACUUAUUCAAAGGCAUCUUCAAGUAGCUGAUGCAACACGGGCUACUCUUGGCCUUCCUGUCUUGGAGUAUACUAUCACGGACGCGCCCUUACAAGUAGAGAAAUGGCUCGAUCCACGCACAGGCACAUCAACUGGAAGGCUUGGCCGACCUGACUCCUUGUUGAGAGCUGUUGAAACAUUAAUGAAAGGUGCCAGUGUUGACGCUGUUGCUGUGGUGGGGAGGUUCCCUGAUGACAGUGUUGACGAGCUGGUGGACUACCGCCAAGGUCAGGGAGUUGAUGUUUUAGCUGGAGUGGAAGCAGUGAUAAGUCACAUGGUUGUUAAGGAAUUUGGAAUUCCAUGUGCUCAUGCUCCUGCGCUUUCACCGUUGCCUCUGGAUGCGUCCAUAUCCCCUCGAUCUGCAGCAGAAGAGAUAGGAUAUACUUUUCUACCUUGCGUGCUGGCCGGUCUAAGCAAGGCGCCUCAAUUUAUUGAGAGAACGAACAGAAGCGGUGCAGGAACAGUAUGGGCAGACGACGUUGACUGUGUGGUGGUGCCUGCAAACGCUUGUGGAGGAGAAGGAACUCUUGCGCUGUGUCGAAAAUCAGGCCGCAAGCCUCUUCUCAUCGCUGUGGAGGAGAAUGAAACGGUGCUGGAUGAUACACCUGAGAAGAUGGGACUGGUCAAUGUGGUGCGGGUUGCGAACUACUGGGAAGCUAUAGGUGUUAUCGCAGCCCAUAAAGCAGGUGUUGAUCCCAAGGCACUACGUAGGAGCGGCGUGAGUCAUCUGCACAGGCUUGAGACUCCCAGGCAUGCCGAGGCUAGUCGAAGUGCCUUGAAGGGACUGGAAAAGGCACCCAUAGCUAUGACGGGAGUCCGCUAAUACAAACAAUUUUUAAGGAUAGCAUUUUUUGGCAUUCAUUCAUGGCUGAUGAAUUUUUGUCAUUAUGUACCAGCCACCCAAAAAUGAAGCAAAUUGCUCCAUUUUACUGACCAGAGAAUUUGUAUCAUAUUUAAUAGUAGAAUGUCAUAUGACAUUGGAAUUUUAAGUUUCUGGGCAUGUGCCUUUGCCUUCAAGGGUACGAGCUUUCUGUUCCAUGGAAACACUGAUUGCAAUCUAUGAAGGCUCUUGUGCUGCGAACUGUUAUAUCUAGAACAUACUACGUAGCAAAGCGUUGAAAAAGAGAGACUAGAUAGAGAUAGACGGAAGUACACCUAGUUAUGGCAUUCUGGUGUCCGGAAUUCACUAUAGUCCGGUUUUUAACAACUUCACAUGACAUUGCAUUGA